UUCGUUGGAUGUGGAGAAAAGUCGUCUCUAUCCUUCCGACACAGAGAGAGAGAGGGGGGAGAGCUGUCCAGGAAGGGUUGGGAAUUCCCCUCUCUCUCUCCAAGAUGGAAUCUCCUCCAAGCUCCUUAGCCUACGCACCCCUGGUGCACGAUGGCGUCGAUCCGUUCUUGAUGGAAGCGCUUCAGAACCCUCGUCAUCGCCUCACUGUUCUGCGGAUGGAGUUGGAUAUUCAAAGGUUCAUGCAGAACCCCGAUCAGCAUCAAUUCGAGUUCCCACAUUUUCCAACUUCGUAUCUUCGGCUUGCGGCUCAUCGUGUUGCCCAACACUAUUGCCUACAAUCAACUGUAGCAGACAAUGGCAUAGAUAGUUCUGGAAGCGGAAUCAUAGUGAGGAAGACAGGCGAAAGUAGGAGCCCAGCGGUUGCAUUGAAGGACAUUCCUCUGAAGCAGCCAGAGGGCGACAAGCUGGAAAAAAUCAAGAUUGCUAUUAGGCCAAGGCAGAGUAAUGCUUCACCAAAUGAUUCCACUGAAGUUGGGAUAAAACGGAGUUCAGCUAGAACUGUAGAAGAGAGGAAGGAACAGUAUGACAGGGCACGGGCACGCAUCUUCAGUAGUCCUAGCAGUCCAGAUGUGGAAGACAUGUCUUCUCCAGCUGCCUCUGAUGGAAGAAGCUUUUGUUUGACCAGAGAAGACAGUGUUGGAUACAGGAACGCCACAGAGGAACCCGAGAAAAUUAGCACAAAAGAUAGCACCUCCAGAGUUGCUAUUUUCAGAGAUAGGGAGAAGGACCGUAGUGACCCAGACUAUGAUCGGAGUUACGAUAGGUAUGCUAGGAGCCUCACGCACAAUCAGAAUUUCAGCUCAGGUCCAUUUACCAUGCUCCAUCCCCCUUUUGUUCAAUAUAAAACUGGUUAUCCCCAGUUGGGUCAGUUGCCAGGGACCCAAGCUUCCAUGAACUACAGGCCCUCAAAUACAGUCAUGAACCCCUUCUGUACCGUUGGAUCAAACCAGCCUCCAAGGGAUCCGGUCUAUCUUCACUGGCCGAGCCCUGCUAUGAUGUACGCACAAUCCUGUGAGCAUUUCAGACAAGCCGUUUUUCAGGCGCCCUUCUAUCAGCAACCCUUAAGCUUUGAUUAUUCCCAGCACCGCUAGGGAGAACAGAAAAUGUUGCAGAAUGGUUGAUGUCAUUUUAGGUUCCAUGGAGUUAAGUAAAUACAUUAUUGAGAUUUGUCAGAUUGUUGUGUUUCAGUUUCAGGUUCUGUUUUGUAGUCAGUAAAGGUACGCAUAUGACCCGAUUUCUAAAUGUUUUGGUAAACUAGAUGUUUUUGCUGGUAGCGGAGACUUUGAUUCUUUGGACCCCA